UGGGCCAACCUGCAUGAUCUGGAUACUUACCCUCGUCGGCACCCUGCUGCCUUUGACUCUCCGGCUGCGCUCACUUUCUCUUCUGAACAUACGAUCCCUUCGACCUGGCGUCGUCUCUUAAUCACACAUCAUGCCUCGCAAACACCAAUACACAGACGUCCAGCCGCAGGACCACCACGAUGACGACUCAUCAACCGAAGUUGAAUCUCUCGUCGGUGGCGAGAAAGCAUGGGCAGCAAACGACUACGCAAUGCCGUCUAGAAUACGGCGAGACAUACUAUGCCCGCCUUGUCUCUCAGCACUACGAUGGUUCAUCGUGAUAGCACUCCAAGUCGUCAUCGUCGGGCUGCUAGCCCGCGAACAAGGCCUCUUGAUGGACUCAAAAUGGACACGGGCAGCCACAACAAGCGAGAAGGAAGUCGGUGGCGACAUGACCGGCUGGGGUCCUCACAUUCCGACCAAAGUCACGACCUUCGCGAUCAACCAAACAUUCGCGCCCUACAACACAUCCGACUUCUUCAAGCCCGAAACGCUCGCCGCUUGGAACGAGCUGAUUCCCGUCGGCAUGGGCUUCCAGCACAUCAAGCAUCCGGAAGCGUACCACGACCUGCCUCACCCCAUCGUCUGGGACCACAAUAAGACUGUCUUCACGACCAGCAUGACGCACCAAUUGCACUGUCUGUACGCCGUAGUCGAAGUGUACUCCGGCCUUAAGUCCAACAUCGAGCUGCCUGAAGAUCACCACUGGCAUAUGAUCCACUGCUUUGAUUACAUGAGGCAGGCGAUCAUGUGCAGCGCGGACUUGGCGCUCGAAGGAUUGGAAACUACCUUCCCGGACCACAAUGGCGGGAGUGAUGGCUGGGAUAGCAAGCAUGUGUGCCGCGACUAUUCGCAGGUCAAGUCGCAUUUGGAGAAGGUGCGGGCGUAUGAUGACCAGGAGAUUUUCUAGAGGGGUGGAUACGGGGUAGAUUCGGAGUGUCUAUGUUGUAAUACCCACUAAGGCUCAAGUCCUACAGUAUGCUGUUCGAAAUUCUCAGAGAACGUGUCGUGCGUGAUUGGAAAGAGGUGAGGGCCCCGUGGAGGCUCAUAUCAGUACGAUGUCUGUCGUGUCCUUCUCAAAUCCUUCGAUGUCAAUUGUGUGCCUCAGAGUAG